UGUCUAAAAAGAAAAGAUACAGACCCGACACACAAGAAAUCUAUACUUAUACUAUACUAUAAAUACUCUAAUGCUCACUACUCACCUCCAAAAAUUCAUUUCAUUUUCAUUUCAUUUCGAUCAAACAGAGAAAUCGGAAUCGAAAAGCAAACAGAGGCCAAAUGCAUCUGUAUAAUGCAUGGCUACCGCCACCGGUGGCAGAAGAGACCAAGAAGGAGAGAGAAUCAUUUGCUCGUGUGGUCAACUCGGUCAAGGCCUCUUACAAGCCCGACGAUCCCGAAUCUAUCUAUGCUACUCUCAAAUGGAUUUCUGUUAUUGAGCUCUUUAUAAAGGCGAAAAGUGAAGUAGCUUUAGAAGAUGUGACUCAACUUGUGGAAUUUGGGCUUGAAUUAUUUAAUGUAUCGCAGGACAAGCUUUAUGCGCAGGUUCGAUGGGGAAAUGUUUUAGUCAGAAUUCUUAACAAGUAUAGAAAGAAAUUGCAUUCUUUGAGUGUUCAAUGGCGGCCGUUGUAUGAUACUUUAAUUCAUACUCACUUCUCGCGGAAUACAGGUCCAGAAGGAUGGCGGUUGAGACAGCGGCACUUUGAGACCGUUACUUCACUUGUUAGAUCCUGCCGGAGAUUCUUUCCAGCAGGUUCUGCCUUGGAAAUAUGGUCAGAAUUUAGUUCUUUAUUGGAAAAUCCAUGGCACAAUUCAUCAUUUGAAGGAUCUGGGUUUGUGAGACUGUUUCUACCCACCAACUUGGAAAACAAGGACUUCUAUACAGAUGAUUGGGUAAAAAAAAGUGUGGAACUGUGGGACUCGAUACCAAAUUGUCAAUUUUGGAACAGCCAGUGGGCAGCUGUCUUAGCACGUGUUAUAAAGAACUGCAGCUUUAUCAACUGGGAAUGCUUCCUACCAACACUUUUCACCAGAUUCUUAAAUAUGUUUGAGGUUCCUGUGGCAAAUGGAAGUGGAUCAUAUCCCUUUUCUGUUGACGUUCCCAGAAAUACAAGAUUUUUAUUCUCCAAUAAAACAGCCACCCCUUCAAAGGCUAUUGCAAAAUCGAUUGUGUAUCUACUAAAACAUGGUAGUACGGCACAGAAGCAUUUUGAGAAAUUGGUCGACCUCUUAGAACAAUAUUACCAUCCCUCAAAUGGUGGUCGCUGGACUUAUUCACUGGAGAGAUUUUUGCUUUAUUUGGUAAUGACAUUCCAGAAGCGCUUACAGUAUGAGCAACAGAGUAUAGAUGAUGACGGACAAGCUGAACUGUUUCUAGGAAAGUCAGAAAGGACUUCUUUUGUUAAUUUGCUGCUAAAGCUAAUUGAUCGUGGGCAAUAUAGCAAGAAUGAACAUCUUUCUGAGACAGUUGCUGCAGCAACUUCUAUUUUGUCAUAUGUGGAGCCCUCUUUGGUUCUUCCAUUUUUAGCAUCUCGGUUUCAGCUGGCCUUGGAGACGAUGACUGCCACCCACCAGCUGAAAACAGCUGUCAUGUCUGUAGCAUUUGCGGGACGUUCACUGUUCCUCACAUCCCUAUCAACUUCAGUAAAAAUGGUUGAUCCUGGUGGUGGUGAUAAUGCAUUCCUUGAUCUUCUGACGAUUUCACUAUCCAAUGCAUUACUGGGUAUGGACGCCAAUGAUCCUCCCAAAACUUUGGCUACCUUGCAAUUAAUUGGUUCCAUAUUCUCCAAUAUUGCUACUUUGGAUGAUGAAAAGAAUGAACUGUCAUUCAUGCCAAUGAACCGCUUUUCUGAAUGGCUAGAUGAAUUCUUAUGUCGCCUAUUUUCAUUACUUCAACAUUUGGAGCCCAGUACUGUUCUGAAUGAAGGCCUACAUUCAUCGGCAACGUCUGGGACCUUUCUGGUUGAAGAUGGUCCUUACUAUUAUUGCAUGCUUGAAAUCUUGCUUGGGAGGCUUUCGAGAUCACUAUACAAUCAGGCUUUGAAGAAAAUUUCAAAGUUUGUCAGAACAAAUAUUCUACCUGGAGCAGUUGCUGAGGUUGGACUGCUUUGUUGUGCAUGUGUUCAUUCAAAUCCAGAUGAGGCAGUUGGUUCUCUUGUUGAGCCAAUUUUAUCAUCUGUUAUAUCAUCUUUGGAAGGAACCCCUGUUACAGGUUUUGGAGGAAGAGGAAUUCCUGAUGCCUCUGUUUCAACCAAGGCCAAACCGACACUCUCUCCGGCUCUUGAAACAGCAAUUGAUUAUCAAUUGAAAAUAUUAUCAGUUGCCAUCAGCUAUGGAGGGCCUGCACUUCUUCGUUAUAAGGAACAAUUCAAAGAAGCUAUUGUGUCUGCUUUUGAAUCUCCCUCAUGGAAGGUUAAUGGAGCUGGUGAUCAUCUUCUUCGGUCCCUCCUUGGAAGUGUGGUUCUCUAUUAUCCAAUUGAUCAGUACAAGUGCAUUUUGCGCCACCCUGCUGCUGCAGCAUUAGAAGAAUGGAUCAGCACAAAGGAUUAUAACACUGAUGAAAAAUUGAUGGCCCCCAAGUGGCAUGUUCCAAAUAACGAAGAGAUUCAAUUUGCAAGUGAACUUUUGAACCUUCAUUUUCAAUCAGCUUUAGAUGAUCUUCUGAGAAUAUGCCAAAACAAAAUCCACUCUGAUCCAGGGACUGAAAAAGAGCACUUGAAAGUGACUCUUUUGCGUAUUGAUUCUUCAUUGCAAGGUGUUUUAUCUUGCUUACCUGAUUUCAGCCCAUCCUCCAGGAAUGGGAUUGUCGAAAAUCAAAGUCAUGCUCCUUUCUUGAUAGCUGGGGCAACAGGUUCAACUGUUGGCAGCGUGGAGCUCCGUGAAAAAGCUGCUGAAAUUAUUCACACAGCUUGCAAGUACCUGUUAGAGGAAAAAUCAGAUGAUAGCAUCUUGUUGAUACUGAUUGUCCGUAUAAUGGAUGCUUUGGGGAACUAUGGAAGUUUGGAGUAUGAUGAGUGGUCAAAUCACAGGCAGGCUUGGAAGUUGGAAUCUGCUGCCAUUAUAGAGCCUCCAAUAAAUUUCAUCGUGUCAUCUCAUUCUCAAGGAAAGAAAAGGCCUAGGUGGGCUCUUAUUGACAAGGCGUACAUGCAUAGUACAUGGAGAUCCUCGCAGUCAUCCUAUCAUCUAUUUCGUACAAGUGGGAAUUUUUAUCCUUCAGACAAUGCAAUUCUUUUAAUGGAAGAUCUAUUGAAACUCGCUUUGCAUAGCUAUGAAACUGUUCGUGCGCUUGCUGGAAAGUCACUGCUGAAGAUGAUUAAGAGAUGGCCCUCUAUCUCUACGAUUUCAAAAUUUGUUCUCUCUCUUACUGAAAACUUACGGAACCCCAACUCACCAGAGUAUGCAGUCUUAGGUUCUUGUGCAGUCCUUUCUACUCAGACAGUUCUCAAGCAUUUGACAGCGGAUCCAAAAUCACUAACUUCAUUUCUUCUUGGUAUUCUUUCAAGCUCACAUCAUGAAUCACUGAAGGCCCAGAAAGCAAUUAAUGAUCUUUUUGUCAAGUACAACAUCCACUUCUCUGGAGUAUCUAGGGCAAUUUUCAGGGCAUCAGAUAUUCACUUGGAUGGACCAGAUUUUUCAGAUUUGGUUUCUCAGAUUGAAUCUAUGAGUUUUGAUUCUACUGGCUUGCAUUGGCGGUAUAAUCUGAUGGCUAAUAGGGUUUUGCUUUUGUUGGCUAUGACAUCUAGAAAUGAUCCCAACUUCUCUUCAAAAGUACUGAGUGAAACUGCUGGACACUUCCUAAAAAAUUUAAAAAGUCAACUUCCUCAGACAAGAAUACUUGCAAUCUCAGCUUUGAAUACGCUACUAAAAGAAUCGCCUUAUAAAUUAUCAGAAAAGAGUCAGCCAGCAUCUUCUGGAGAGUUGCACACAAAUACCAAGUCAUCUCUUGAAGGGGCAUUAAGUGAAAUUUUUCAGGAAGACGGAUUUUUUAGCGAGACUUUGAAUUCUCUUUCCCAUGUUCAUAUAAUCACUGAUACCGAUGGAACAUCUAGAGGGAAUCAUGGACAAUCUUCAUUUCAAAGCUUGGCAGAUAAAUCAAUUACCCGUUUUUAUUUCGACUUUUCAGCUUCAUGGCCACGUACCCCCAGUUGGAUUUCUUUACUUGGAAAUAAUACUUUUUACUCAAACUUUGCACGAAUUUUUAAGCGGCUAAUACAAGAAUGUGGCAUGCCUGUUUUACUAGCACUUAAAAGUACAUUGAAUGAGUUUGCAAAUGCUAAGGAAAGGUCAAAGCAGUGCGUUGCUGCUGAAGCUUUAGCUGGAGUGCUGCAUUCUGAUGUAAAUGGCCUUUUAGAAGCGUGGGAAACUUGGAUGGUGGUUCAAUUGCAGGGUAUUGUUCUUUCUCAAUCAGUGGAAUCCACACCUGAGUGGGCGGCUUGCAUACGCUAUGCAGUUACUGGGAAAGGAAAAUAUGGUACCAGAGUUCCUCUUCUGAGGCAACAAAUUUUAGACUGUUUGAUGACACCUUUACCUCCAGCUGUGACUACUACCAUUGUUGCAAAGCGCUACACUUUUCUUUCAGCUGCCCUCAUAGAAAUAUCCCCACAAAAAAUGCUGUUAUCUGAGAUAGAGCUCCAUAGUAAACUUCUUAAUGAGUUGUUAGCUAAUAUGUGUCAUUCAUCAGCCCAAGUAAGGGAAGCUAUCGGUGUUACUCUCUCUAUUUUGUGCUCCAAUGUUCGCCUCCAUUCAUCAUUUGCUCAUAAUCAUUCAAGUGAAGGAGCAAACGUUGACGUUGAUAACCAACUGAAAGAGGAAAAUUGGGUUCUGGUUCUGACAGAACGAGCUUCUGAUAUGGUCACAAAUAUACAAAAAACUAGCCCUUUGGACAAUUUGGAGAUACCAACACGGACAGUUCCUCAAAAUGGGUCCUUGAAUGCGGAUGCACAGGAUGAUGUUAAGUGGAUGGAAACGCGAUUUCAUUUUAUCAUUUCAACAUUGAAAUCUGGAAGAUCAUCUUACUUGCUGGAUGUUAUUGUGGGAUUUCUCUAUCCUAUAAUUUCCUUGCAGGAAACAUCAAAUAAAGAUUUGUCAACCCUGGCCAAGGCUGCUUUUGAAUUGUUGAAGUGGAGGAUUUUCUGGGAGCCUCAUCUCCAGAGGGUUGUUUCAGUUAUUCUUUCAUCAGCCAAUGAUCCCAACUGGCGGACCAGAUCAGCUACUCUGACGUAUCUACGUACUUUUAUGUAUAGGCACACUUUUAUUCUCUCAAGGGCGGAUAAACAACAAAUUUGGAGCACUGUGGAGAAUCUACUGAGAGACAAUCAAGUAGAGGUAAGAGAGCAUGCUGCUGCAGUUCUAGCAGGUCUAAUGAAUGGUGGGGAUGAAGACCUUGCUAGAGACUUCCGAGAUAGAGCUUUCAUAGAGGCAAAUAACAUCCAAAGGAAAAGAAAGCAGAGGAAUCUAAAAUCUGGUCAAUCUAUAGCAUCUAUUCAUGGUGCUGUGCUUGCUUUGGCUGCUUCUGUCUUAUCUGUCCCAUAUGAUAUUCCCAGGUGGUUGCCUGAGCAUGUUACUUUACUGGCUCGUUUUGGUGGAGAACCAUUGCCUGUGAAAUCAACAGUUACAAAGGCAGUUGCUGAGUUCCGCCGGACUCAUGCAGAUAUGUGGAAUGUCCAGAAAGAUUCAUUUACUGAAGAGCAACUUGAGGUUUUGGCUGAUACGUCAUCUUCAUCAUCAUAUUUUGCUUGAUAUGUGUUACUUUUCUAGCAAGGGAAAAUAAUCAUAGGAACUCAAUGAUUGGAAGAACUGCAAACUUUACAGUUGGAGGAUUAGCAGGAAUUAGUGUAAUUCUUGAUAGAUAUUGUAUAAGAAAUUGAGUUUUAUUUACAUUUGCUUCAUUUGUCCAGCAUGAGAGAGUUUAUUAUUACUCUUAAGUAGGGUGCUUUGUCUUUGCCUUUGACGUCAUGUAAACUUAAACUAUAGGAUUCAUCAAAUCAUCAGAUGGUAAAUCCCAUAAAACGCAUUCUGUAUUAAAUAUGCUCGAGCCAUUCCUAAUCUCUUUUCCA